CACCGCCCUUGUAACCACUUCCGCCUCUGUGUCAGUGCGGGGAGCUCAGUUUGUUGCUUUUGCCUUGUUGGAUAAAUAUAACAGUUUCGGACUCCAAAACCUUGCAGCUCAGUGCUUUUGUGAAAACACUGAAGUAUCAAGUUGGUUUCUUCUGUCAACACGGAGUGGUGCUUUUCUUGGUGGUACCCCAGCCAAUGUGUUUGUUUUCCCCGAACAGCAUCCAAAACAUACUGUAGUGCUUAAGCUACGUGUCCUGUGCUGCAAACUGCUCUUCUUUGAAAACUCUUUGGCCAAUUAACUCCAAGCCUGGCCUUCUGGCUUAGCAGCUAAGAAAUCCACGGGACAAGCAACACGUCUGCCACACGACAGAACAAUGUACUAGAGAAACGACAAUUGAACAGACGCAGUUGUAGUUUAGAAAAUGAACAGCGAGGAGGAGUUUUUUGAUGCCAUCACAGGCUUGGAGUCGGAUGAAUCCUGCGAAGGUACAUCAGAAACCAGCUAUAAAGAUGCAAUUGUUUUUGAUGGAGGCAACAUCAGUCAGAGCAAGAAUGGGACUACGCCACAGGAGAAUGGAAUCAAGCAGCGCAGAACAACCUUGCCAGCGCCAAUGUUUUCCCGAAAUAAUUUUAGCGUGUGGGGAAUAUUAAAGAAAUGCAUUGGACUGGAGCUUUCCAAGAUAACGAUGCCUAUAGUAUUUAAUGAGCCACUGAGCUUUCUGCAGCGAAUCACAGAAUACAUGGAGCACACAUACCUCAUUCAUAAAGCGUGCUCUCUCUCAGACUCUGUGGAAAGGAUGCAGGCUGUAGCUGCUUUUGCUGUGUCUGCAGUAGCAUCUCAGUGGGAGCGAACUGGGAAACCAUUCAAUCCGCUGCUAGGAGAAACCUAUGAACUCACACGAGCGGAUCAGGGAUUUAGGCUCAUAUCUGAACAGGUCAGCCAUCACCCUCCCAUUAGUGCUUUCUACUCCGAAGGCAUUAACAACGACUUUGUUUUCCACGGCUCUAUCUACCCCAAACUGAAGUUCUGGGGUAAGAGUGUAGAAGCAGAACCCAGAGGAACUAUCACCCUAGAGCUGCUCAGGCAUAAAGAAGCUUACACAUGGACAAACCCUUCCUGUUGUGUACAUAACGUUAUUUUAGGCAAACUUUGGAUAGAACAGUAUGGAAUGGUUGAGAUUAUCAAUCACAGUACCGGAGAGAAAUGUGUUUUGAACUUCAAACCAUGUGGGAUGUUUGGGAAAGAGCUCCACAGAGUUGAAGGGUACAUUCAGGACAAAAACAAGAAGAAAUUGUGUGUGAUUUAUGGCAAAUGGACAGAAUGCAUGUGGAGUAUAGAUCCUCAUCUCUAUGAAGCAAACAAGAAGACUGACAAAAAAGCAUCUGACACGAAGAAACAGAAGCAGGAUGAAAGCUUGAAGGCAGAGAACGAUGAGGCUGAUGACAUGCCUGAGGUUCAGGAAACAGUGGCAGUUAUCCCGGGCAGUACGCUGCUGUGGAGAAUAUGGUCCAGACCUCCCCACUCUGCGCAGAUGUAUAAUUUUACAAACUUUGCUAUCACUCUGAAUGAACUGGAACCAGGAAUGGACCGGAUUUUACCACUGACAGAUUGUCGCCUGCGUCCGGACAUCAGGGCCAUGGAAAAUGGAGACAUGGAAGUGGCCAGCAGGGAGAAGGAAAGGCUGGAGGAGAAGCAGAGGGCUGCUCGUAAGGAACGAGCUAAGAGUGAGGAAGAGUGGUCACCCAGGUGGUUCAGGUUAGACACAAAUCCCCACACAGGGUCCCAGGACUGGAUUUACACAGGAGGGUACUUUGAUAGGAAUUACACCGACUGUCCUGACAUCUACUGAGGGGGUAGUCACCUCCAGCCUUCAGCACCAUAUCAUCUCUAAUUGGAAAUGGAAGAAACCAGUUGCUCGUUUCCCCCUAACGUGGCACAAUUAACAAUUUGUACAAACCUUUUCCACUCGUGAAAUAGUUCUGAGCCUGGGAUGAAGAUGUCAUUGACUGGCAGCGAGAAUGGGAAGAAGGAAAGCCGUGAUCUCCCCAAUUUCUCCCUCAGUCUCAGCAUCUGCUAUAUCUCUGUAAUCAGUAUUUUUUCUUUUUUCCUCUGUAGUUUCCCUCAUGUAUCUUGCAGUAUGUGGGAGUUUAAUCUCAAAAGCAUCUUGAAGAAAGAUCUCACAAGAGUCUGCAUACGUGUUACAAUCAUGUCUGGUCAGCUGGUGCACUUUUAAUUUUUUGGGGGUUUGUUUUAAGGAAUAAGCGCAACUUGAGGUUUAAUAGAAACCGGAGGCUCACAUUUCUCAUUUUCAAGGGUCCUACGUACUGCAUUAAACAAAAAAUUGGUAAUAUGAUCUUAGCAAGUCUACAGAAUCUCUUACGUCACUGUAAAAUGUUCUAUUUGUGAGUUGUUGGUUAGAUUAAAAAAAGAAAACCUGCAGUAGUGCCUAUCGGCUAGUUUCAGAUGAAGAGACCAUUGUGCGGUUCUAAACAUAAAAGCAUUUAAUUUUUAAACAGUUACAUGUAACAGCGAUCAGUUCUGUGAUCGUUUAAAAAUUAAAAAAAAAUGGUACGCAUAAAGAAUAUUAAUUUAAAAUAAAGUAAGGUUUCAUACUGUUUGUCAUUUCCUUGUUAUAAAAAUAUAAAAAUGUCUACCAUUAGUGUAUGCACUUGAUGGGUAUAGCUCCACAGUUAUGACAGUAUGCUAAACCGUAUCUGAAGAGACAGUGAAAACACUUGAGACUACAGAAAUCUUCAGUGACAAAGCAAAGCAUGAUGUUGAUCAAUACCAGCAAAGAAACAGGCAUGUGCCAUCAUGAAAUGUAGUAAAAAAGAAUGGAAAGAUUGUGUUUUGUUUGAGGUUUUAUAUAUGAAUUCCGGACUUUCCAAACUAGGUUUAAACCAUCCGGCUUUAGUAUAGCGCAUGGUUGUCAGACUCUCUUCCUGGGGUGCCUAGUGUCUGCUGGUUUAUUUCCUAACCUAAGUACUCAAAUAACCAAUUUGCCAAAUUAUCAGACAUAUACAGAACACUCACUCAUCAAGGUACAUUUACUUAUAAAACACAUCAGAGCCUAGUUACAGGCAUUAGACUUAUGCAGUUAUUACAAAUAAUUAGACCCAUUAUGUAACUGACAGUGCAGUUUGGAACAAAAACCAAAGGACACUAGGCCUGACACUCGUGGUAUAAGUGCAUAAAAGAUCCUGUUUCAGAGACGAGUGUGUCGUUUGUGUUUGCCUUUUCAGUUUGUUUCACCUUUCAGAGCUUAGUUAAGAUAUCCUCUUCUUUAUAAGCAUAACAAGUCCCAUUACUCAAGCUGUUACUAGUUUGGCCAAUUUCACAUUUGCACAACUAGUCUGUGUGUGUCCUGUAAUUGAAAUGUUUUUGGCACUAAAUAUUUAUGUUCCUUAUUCUGAUGCAUGCUUACAAAUGUAACCAAUUAAUUUGUUUUAGUUGGUGAGAAAACUGAAAGCUGCUUAAGACCAUGUUUACCUAGUUAGUUAACUAACAUUUUUUUAAAUAAUAAAAUCAUUCAAUUCAAAUAGAUUUAAGUGUCUAUGUGUAUGGUUGCCAAAGUGACUAUUUUCAUGUAGAAAUUCCAAAGCCAUACUAAUGUUGCAGGUACAGGUAUUCAUAUUUAUAUCAGUAUACAGUAUGUUGUAAAAACAUGGUUCUGUGGAGUUGGAUUAAUUCAUCUUUAGGACUGGAAAUUAUCUUGCAUUUUUGACUGAACUGGCAGAAAUCUUAAGCUAACAUUGAAUUCCACAUUAAUUAUUCUAUUAAGCCUAAUUUACCUAAACAUCAAAUCAGGCUACAUAACUGUUAUCUCAGAAUAAAGUAAGAAUUCAUUGCUGGUUACCAUGUGACUUCCAGAAUAUGAAAAAUACUACCUGUAUAGUCUAUUAUUUUUGUGUGAGGAGAAUAGAUCUAGAGGAAAAAGGGUUCUGAACAUAGGUUUUAGAAAUGUAGGUCAGCAUUGCUGUUUCUUUCUUUGGGAUUGUAUUCAAUUAUUUUCAAAUUCAGCCUCCAAGAUAGCUAGAUUUCUAAUGGACAGAAAAUGUUUGGCAUUUAAAAAUAGUCCUCAUAGUUUUUUAAAACUAUUUUUUUCCCUUCACAUUCCGAAUUGCUGUUUCUGAAUUAAAAUGCAUAUUGGGGGUAGAAACGGUAAAAUGGAGUUAAUUUCCAGAUAUAGUUCAAGAUAUUGGGUAGAAUUUUGGGAUUUUCUUUAUGGUAUGUACAUGAUGUAAACUGUAGAUAGUUUAGUAUGUAAUAACAGUAAUAAUAAACUGCUGGUCUUCAGCAGUCUUAUAUGUCCACUGAUUUUUGUCAGUGAGUGCUUUUCUGAACAUCUUUAUGCUACAUAAAAGCAGCUAUAAUUGAAAGUAGUGUAGGCUUCUGAAAUGUUCAGUGCUUUUAAAACAUUACCUAAAUCUAUGCAAACAACAAUCAAUAUGAUCAACGUGUCACUUAAAAUAUGGAGUAUAUAAAUACAGUACAUAGGUUGGCCUUUUGUGUUUUAGGAAUCUAGGAAGAUUUAUAUCAUCACCUUCAGGAAAACAAUGUGAACUGACUGAUUUGGACAUAGCUGUGGAGAAUUUAAUUGGUCUGCUACUUAUUGUAUGUGUAGUAGAUAACCAAGUUUCAAGUGUUAUUGCUAGAUUGAAUUUGACGGUCACUGUCUACAUCUUUUGGCUUACUGUUUUCAAAUAAAGGUUUGUGGAACUUGCAUAGUUUCUUACACUGUUUAGUUUCUUAAUUCCGUAAGCAACUAAAAAUAUAUUUUCAAAUGAGUAUUAAGCGGCGAACGUAAAGGUCAAGUUAAACAUUGGGAUCAUGUGGAAAAGUGUGCAAACUUUCUAAACCAUCACUCCAUCAUUAUUGUGCCUUUCAUCUUUAUUAAUGUCACUAAGCAUUGGUGUUUAAAAUAACUAUGCUAAAUAUUCCAAUAGUGCUACCUAUUUUCUACCCCUUUGUAUAUUAAAACACUACUACUGUUGUAUUUAUCCACUUAAUUGCGGUCUUAAGAAAUGUAAAAAUUGGUUAUUUGUAAACUAGCAAUAUAAAAAUGAUCAUUUAAAGUUUUUAUUUUGCUGUGUAUGGUUUUUGUGUAGAAAAUGAAUAACACUUGAGUCUGUACUGGUUGGCUGUCUCCUUGUUGUAAACUACAAAUUUCCAUCUAGACUAGUUUUUCCCCCUCUUUCUGUACUUUUGUUUGAACAAUUUUUAGUUUGCCUUCUCAAUAUGGCAUGGAGACGUUGGGUCAUACUGAAAAAGAGACUUGCAAAAUGAGUUUAUUUUUAUAGUAUUUAAGGCAAUUCCUUUCUCUUUUUGUCAAGUGUACCCCCUGUGUCUGAAAAGUAACAUCAAACUAAAUCAUUUUCUUCUGUUUUUGAGGGGGGAAGAAGAGAGGGAGUUUUAUCUGUAUGCACAAUACUAUGUAGGCAGUUAAAUGUAAGAGCUUCUCACAAAAUCACAAUAUUCAGUUGGAAAUACAUUUGUUCUUUUUAAAUAAAAAAAAAUGUUGGUGAACA